CAGGAAGUGCCAGCAAUGGGAGUAAGUGGCUGGCUGGAGAGCCUGACUCAGUACGACUCUCAGAAAUACAUACGCCUUCAGAGUGUUACAUGGGGAUGGGUGAAAUGUUUCCUUUCUCUAACUGUUGCUCUGUCUAUUUGCUGUAUAGUCAUCAUUUACAGACUCCAUCAGGAGAUGGAUGAAGUUAACAGCUCAGUUCGCACUAGUGUGAAGGGAGUGGCUUACAAAGACAACAGGAUCUGGGAUACAGCAGAAUACACUAUUCCAAUGCAGGCAGUAAACUCUUUUUUCGUGAUGACCAACAUCAUUAAGACAGAGAAUCAGCUUGAGCAGAGAUGCCCUGAGUAUCCCUUUGCCAAAGCUAUCUGCUCUUCAGACAAGUCCUGUGAAAAAGGGAGUGUAGAUAUCCACAGUCAUGGAAUUCAAACGGGAAAAUGUGUGGAUUAUAAUACAACUGUUAAAACCUGUGAGGUCAUGGCAUGGUGCCCUGUGGAACCCAUGGAAAACCCCCCUGAUCCUGCUGUUCUGAGGAGUUCUGAAGACUUCACUGUGCUAAUAAAGAACAACAUUCACUUCCCAAAAUUUAAUUAUACCAUACUAAAUAUUCCACAAAAAUUAAAUACUUCUUGCACAUACAACAAAAUAACUUCCCCGCUCUGUCCAAUUUUCCGUCUGGGAGAUAUCCUUCAGGAAGCAAAAGAGAAUUUUUCUGAGAUGGCAGUAAAGGGAGGAAUCAUUGCCAUUGAGAUCAACUGGGACUGUAACUUGGACAGCUGGUCUUAUGACUGCCAUCCAAAGUAUGGUUUCCGCCGCCUCGAUGACAAAAGAAUAAACCCUGGAUUCCACUUCAGAUAUGCAAGGUACUACAAGCUACCGUAUGGGAAGGAGCAGAGAACCCUUUUCAAAGUCUAUGGAAUACGGUUUGAUGUCCUUGUCUUUGGCACAGGUAGAAAAUUUAACAGCAUUGAACUCCUUAAAAACAUUGGGUCCAUGCUCUCCUAUUUUGGAUUGGUUGCAACUGCCAUUGAAUUUGCUAUUUGUAUAGGUAAUUGCUCUGGCUGCUGCACAUCACCACUCUACCAAAUUUACAACAGGAAAAAGUAUGAGACUGUGCUGAAUCCAAGACAGGUGAUGUAUGUGUCCUACGUUGAUGAGCCACAUAUUACCUUGAUAAAGGAGCCUCUGAAAAAAAGCUUGCAGCGUGCUCAAGGCAGCAUUGUUGAGAGCCACUCUGUGAAAUUCGGUGAUGCUGGUGGCUGCUGCACCAGCGAGUACAGUGAGAAUGAUAGUAAUGAAGAAUCUGAGGCGAUGCACACCCCUUAUAACCAUGAUAAUGAAGAAUAUGAGCUGGGGCAACCUCUCAGACAAGGGGCCUCUUCCCCAGACUGCCCAGAGUGGUGCUGCUGUGGCACAUGCCAGCCAACACAGAAGUACCAUGAGCAGCUCUGCUGCCGAAAGAAAAAAGGGCAGUGCAUCACAACCUCCCAUUGGUUUCAGCAGCUGGUGCUGUCCAGUCACACACUGAAUAAAGCCCUUCUCUACAAAGACCCCUUUCUGGACCUGACGGAUAGCAGUAUCAACACCCAGCUGCGUCACCUUGCUUACAAGCAAUACAUUCACUGGCGCUUUGGCUCUUUUGAUCUGGAAGACAGAGCCGUCAUCCCAAGCUGCUGCAGGUGGAAAAUUAGAGAUACUUAUCCCAAAGCUGUCAACAACUACACUGGUUUUGAGACAGAAUGAGGAUGUAGCUCACACUGUGACUCACCUUGGGCAUUUAACCUUUGUUUUCUUUCACAGGCCUUUUUUAAAAAAAAAAAAAAAAAAGAGAAGAAAGUGUGUGACUUACCAAAAUCUUCUGUAGUAGAGCUGAAUUCUUGUAUACUGUCUUUGGAGAGGCACAGUUGCCUACUGCUUAGCACAGAGGAACAAAUACUUUGAGCUAAAGUGCUUGCUUCUGCCUUUGCUUCAUCUGUGACUCACCCUGCAUGGUUUGGAAACGUAGGCUCCGGGGUGAAUUCUUAGAGCUACCUUUUAGGGAGAGGUUCCAGGCCUCCUGCCUCUGCACGGGUGCAUACCAGAAUCCCAGCUGAAUCAGGAGAUGGCCAGCACCCUGAAAAUAAGGUGGAGCCACAAGUAAUCUCAAAGCAUGACCCCUGAAGGAAGUCCAAAAGAGAUAUCACUUGAAAACAUGGUCCUAAGCAUUUUUCUCCCCCAGCCUCACCACCUUUCUGCAGUUCUGGAUCAAGAGGCUCUAGAGAGGCCACUGAGCAUGUAGUUUCAUAACUUGCUGUUGAAGGCCUUGCAGUCCUUCCAGAUGAAACAGGCUUAUUUUAGAUGAUUUCAGUGUCACAAAGCAUCUUCUGAAAAGCCCAGCUGUCCUCUUUGUAUUACUCCUUUUAAUUUGAACUCAGGAAUUACAAUGAAAAGUAGUUUUAACGUCUUUGUGUGAUAUUUUGGGGCAUUUCAUUCAUACACAUUGAAAUUGGGCUUUGGCCUCCCGUUUGCUCUUAGCUUCAAACAGGCCUUGCCUCCUAUACUUUAUCCUACUGACCUUGGCACAGUGCAAGUUGCUUUGUGCUAUGAUGCGUUAGGCCACACUACAGCCGAGGAGCAGCAAAUUCAGGGUAGACUAAUCUGUGCUCCAACACCUUUUCAAUUCCUUCUUUUUGUUAUACUUGGACAUGUUCUAUUUUUGUAGAAACAAAGGAAACAAAGUGAGAAGGAUUGUAACAUAUAUAUUCUGCUCUUUUCAACUAAACUUUGUUCUUUCAGAGCUAACUCUGCAGCUUGCUGUUUUCAUUACCCACAUAUAUAUUUUAAGAUGUAUUGCAGGCAAAUUAUGUAUAUCUUCAGUUGUAAUAAGCAUUAAUUGUAUUCAUGUUCAUAUUGCAACAUCAUCUCUCUAGAGUGGGAAAAUAUGACAGUUGACAUUAAUGCAUUCCUGUUGUGACACAUGAAGCAAUGCUCCUUUUGGAAGAAUUACACUGAAUAUUCACUUAAAAUGGUGGUUUUAAUCUCCUUUCACAUCUGGACAUAUGUUCUUCCUUAUCAUCUCCCCAUUCUUUUUGGUCCUUUCAGUUUUUAUUGUUU